AUUGCCCUGAGCCUGGGAGGAAGCAAAAAACCUGUCAUUCCCUGCUUACUCAACACUAUCCUCUCCAUUCUUCUUCCAUUUCAGGUCUCAAGUGUGGUGCAGGGGGAACUAGUCCAGUCUAGGCAGCUGAGGAUCUAGGGCGACCAUCUUGCACAUAAGUAAAUCACAAGUACAGUUUCAACUGCCCUGUCUAGUGUGUGGACCAGACGUUAUUCAUCUGCUACCAGACCUCCCGGUGCUCUGCUUGCACUCCCAUCCCUCUUAUUGAAGGGGUUCUUGGGCUUAGAGACGACGUUCUCUCAGACUUCCAGAAGCUGGAGCAAGGAAAUGGACUCAGUGGUCAUUGAGGAUGUGGCCGUGGUCUUUAGCCAGGAGGAGUGGGCUUUGCUGGAUCUUGCUCAGAGGAUGCUCUACAGAGAUGUGAUGAUGGAAACCUUCAGAAACCUGGCCUCUGUAGUCUUUCAGAACCUUCAUGAUGGAGAAACAUUAUUCAGUGAACAUGUAAUGGUGCGAUUUAUGAAGAGUACUUGGUCUGCCGUGUUAGGAGAAAUCUCCGAAUCAUAUGGCAAUAAAGAUCAGCAUAAAAACCAGAAGAGAUAUUUGAGAAUGAUGCCUAUUUUUAGCAGAAGUCAUACAGUAGAGAACCUCUGUGAAAGUAAUAAAGGCAAUCAUUGUGAGGAGACCUUCAGCCGGAUUCCAAAUCAAACUGUGCUAAAGGGAAAUCCUCCAGAAGUAAAUCCUUUUGAAUGCUGUGAGUGUGGAAAAACCUUCAUGGAUCAUUCAUCACAUAACUAUCAUGCCAGAUCUCACACUGGAUGCAAUACUUAUCAGACUAAGCAAUGUGGAGAAGCCUGCAGUUUUCUCUCUCACCUAACCACUUCUUUGGGAACUCUUACUGGAAAGAAACCCCAUAAAUGUAAGGUAUGUGGGAAGGAUUUAAUUUGUUUUUCAACCCUUAAGAAUCCUGUGACAACACUCACUGGUGAGAAACGAUAUGAAUAUAGUGAAUGUGGGAAAGAUUUCUGUGGUUUAUCAUCCUUUUGGACACAUGUGACAAGUCAUAAGCGUGAAUAUAAAGAAUGUAAAACCAUUAGACGUCCUUCAUCCCUCUUUUUACAUAAAAAAUUUUGUAGUAGAGAUAAGCCUUAUGACUGUAAGGAAUGUGGGAAAGCAUUUAGUAAGGUCUCAUCUCUCACUCAACAUAUAAGAAGUCACAGUGGAGAGAGGCCUUAUGAAUGUAUGGAAUGUCAGAAAGCCUUUAGUCAGUUAUCACACCUCACUACACAUAUAAGAACUCACAGUGGGCAGAGGCCUUAUGAAUGUAAGGAAUGUGGGAAAGCCUUUAAUGAGGCCUCAUCCCUUCGUACACAUAUAAGGACUCACACUGGAGAGAGACCUUAUAAAUGUAAGGAAUGUGGGAAAACCUUUAGGCAAUCCUCACACCUCACUAAACAUAUAAGAACUCACAGUGGAGAAAGGCCUUAUGAAUGUAAGCAAUGUGGGAAAACCUUUAGUUGUUCCUAUCACCUCUCUGAACACAUAAGAACUCACAAUGGAGAGAGACCUUAUAAAUGUAAGCAAUGUGGGAAGGCCUUUAGUCAGUCAUCACACCUCACUGAACAUAUAAGAAUUCACAGUGGAGAGAGGCCUUAUGAAUGUAAGGAAUGUGGAAAAGGCUUUAGGUGUUCCUCAGUCCUCCGUACCCAUAUAAGAACGCACUCUGGAGAGAGACCUUAUGAGUGUAAGGAAUGUGGGAAAGCCUAUAGGCUAGUCUCACACCUGAUUAAACAUACAAAAACAGCUCAUAGUGGAGAGAAACCUUAUGAAUGUAAGGAAUGUGGGAAAGCCUUUAGGCACCCCUCACACCUCACUAAACAUAUAAGAACUCACAGUGGAGAGAGGCCUUAUGAAUGUAAGCAAUGUGGGAAAACCUUUAGUCAGUCAUCACAGCUCACUACACAUAUAAGAAUUCAUAGUGGAGAGAAGCCUUAUGAAUGUAAGGAAUGUGGUAAAAGCUUUAGGUGUUCCUCUGUCCUCACUACUCACAUAAGAAUUCACACUGGAGACAGGCCCUAUGAAUGUAAGGAAUGUGGGAAAGCCUAUAGGCAAGUCUCACACCUCAUUAAACAUACAAGAACGGUUCAUACUGGAGAGAGGCCUUUUGAAUGUAAGGAAUGUGGGAAAACAUUUAGUGAUUCUUCAAAUCUCCCUAGACAUAUAAGAACUCACAAUGUAGAGAGACCUUAUGAAUGUAAUGAAUGUGGGAAAGCAUUUAGUGAGGCCUCAUCUUUCACUGAACAUAUAAGAACUCAUACUGGAGAGAGGCCCUAUGAAUGUAAGGAAUGUGGGAAAACGUAUAGGCAAGUCUCACACCUCAUUAGACAUACAAGAACAACUCAUGGAGAAAGACCAUAUAAAUGUAAGGAAUGUGAGAAGGCCUUUAAUCAUUUCUUACACCUUACUAAACAUACAACUCAGAGUGGAGAAAGACCUUAUGAAUGUAAGGAAUGUGGGAAAGCCUUUAAUCAUUCCUCUGGCCCAAAUGCCCAUGUGAGGGGUCACAGUGGUGUGGGGCCUCAUGAAUGUAAGAAACGUGGGAAAGCCUUUAGUCAGUCUUCACAGCUCAUUACACAUGUAAGAAUUCACAGUGGAGAGAGGCCUUAUGAAUGUAAGGAAUGUGGGAAGGCCUUUAGUCGUUCUUCGUUCCUCACUGAACAUAUAAGAAGUCACAGUGGAGAGAGGCCUUAUGAAUGUAAGGAAUGUGGAAAAGCUUUUAGUCGGUCCUCAUAUCUCAUUAACCAUAUAAGAACUCACAAUGGGGAGCGGCCUUAUAAAUGCAAGGAAUGUGGGAAAGCCUUUAGUCAGUUCUCAAUCCUCUCUAGACAUAUAAGAAUUCACAGUGGAGAGAGGCCUUAUGAAUGUAAGGAAUGUGGGAAAGCCUUUAGUCAUUCCUCAACCCUCACUAAACAUACAAGAAUUCACAGUGGAGAGAAGCCUUAUAUAUGUAAGGAAUGUGGAAAAGCCUUUAGUUGUGCCUCAUCCCUAACUAUACAUACAAGAACUCACAGUGGAGAAAGGCCUUAUGAAUGUAAGGAAUGUAGGAAAUUCUUUAGUCGUUCCUCAUCCCUCACUGAACACAUAAGAACUCACAGUGGAGAGAGGCCUUAUAAAUGUAAAGAAUGUGGGAAAGCCUUUAGUCAGUCCUCAUCCCUCACUAAACAUACAAGAACGCACAGUGGAGAGAGGACCUAUGAUUGUAAGGAAUGUGGGAAAGUCUUUAGUAAUUCCUCAUAUCUCACUUUUCACAUAAGAAGUCACACAAGACAAAAGCCUUUGUAAUAGGAACGGGAAAGCCUAGUUCUCAUCCUUCACUACACAUAGAACUCAUAAUGGAGAGUGACCUUAUGAAUGUGAGCAAUAUGAGGAAGCCAUUUUUUCCUCAUCCUUCAGUGAACAUAGGAAAGCUCACAGCGGACAGAAGGCUUAUGAAUGGAGGGAAUGUGGAAAAGUCUCUAUUCCUCCUUCCUCUCUAAAUAUAGUAACUCAAAGUGGAGAGGGUUGUUAGAAAUGUGAGGAAUGUGGGAAGGUCUUCUGAUGUCUCAUCCUUUGGAACACAUCUGAGUAGGCAUACCAGAGAGAAUCAAUAUACAGUCGUUCCAGAACCCCCUGUGGAUACCAAAUUCCACAGAUGCUCAAGUCCCUUAUAUGAGGUGAUGUAGUAUUUGCACAUUAUCUAGGCAUAUACUCCCAUAUACUUUAAAUCAUUUCUAAAUUACUUAUAAUACCUAAUAUA